AUGUCCGUGAAAAAUCAGUACCCGAAAUAUCACGCUAGUGACUACAGUACCUACAAAUAUGUGAACUUGAAUAAUAAAGUUCCCCGAAAUGCAUACUACCCCAAGGAAAUACCUGUCAAUGAGGAAGAAGAAGCUGAAGAUUCCCCUUAUCAAGAACCUGCCAAACCACCUAGGUAUGGAUUUGUGAGGGUCGAUGGUGAAGAAGAUAGAGGGCCCGCUUUUCAUCCCAACAAGGAAUACGAAAAAAAAGAGGACUAUUAUGACUAUCCCAAGUAUAAGUUUGGCUACGGCGUAAGGGACCCAAAAACCGGAGACUACAAGUCCCACCAUGAAAGCAGGGACGGCGAUGUGGUAAAGGGCUUCUACACCGUACUUGACCCAGACGGUGCACUGCGGAUAGUACGAUACACAGCUGAUGAUAAGCACGGAUUCAGAGCAGUUGUGGACAGGAGAGAGCAUCCUGGCUACCACCCUGUGAAGAAACCAAAACAUCAUCCAAAGGAGUAUUUCACACCUGCGCAUCGGCAUGACAAAGAACAGAGCGAUUUUACACCUGCGCAUCACUAUGAAAAAGAACAAAGCGAUGAGUUUCCAGUUAAGGUUGUGAAGCCAGAUUUUGUUGUGCCAAAAGGGUUUUCUCUUCCUGAAGAAUACCACGAUAAAGAAGAAGAAAAUGAGGAAGAAGGGGAAGAAGGAGAAGAUGAUAUAUAA